AUGUGUGGCAUAGAAAUUAAUCAACUAGAAGGACAUGCUAAUGAGAUGCCCAGCAGCAGUCAUUACAAUUGUGAUAAAUACAACAAAGAAUUCCCUGAUAUUCUGGGCUUGACACAGCACAAGGUGAAAGACCAUGGUACCAGCUACCAAUGCGAUGUCUGUCAAGAGUUAGAGGCACAAGAAGCAACUGGUAUUGGAUACAAUUGUUGUAUUUGCGAUACUGAGUUUGACAUUGCGACUGAACUUGAAAGUCAUAUGAAGAUCCAUGACAAUGUGUUGUCAGAUUAA